AUGAAUGCCAAGCCUGUCAGGCUGAGAGUCGCCCUGCGAUUCCCCGCAAACAGAAUGGCUGAGAAAGAUUUUGUUGAUGUUAAAGCUCUUUUGAGCGAGCUCACGCUGGGUGAGAAGGUGGACCUUCUUGCUGGGCAGGGCUCAUUUCGCAUGACGGGGCUUGAUAAGCAUGGGAUUCCGGCUCUCAUUAUGCCGAGUCCCAUGAUGCCAUCGGCUACAGGAAUGGGCGCGACCUUCAACACAGAGCUCAUUCACAAAAUUGGCAGUCUUCUAGGCGAGGAAGCAAAGCACCGCGGUGUCCACGUCUUGCUAGCACCCACACUUUGUCUCCAGCGCUCACCUCUUAUCGGACGUGGCUUUGAGGCCUUCGGUGAAGAUCCUUUUCUCAGCGGUACUUUGGGUGCGCAUUACAUCAACGGUGUGCAAGAGCAUGGCGUUGGAACUAGUGUUAAGCACUAUGCGGCUCACGAUCAAUCUGAUAACAGUAUCGAGGAUAACGUGGUCAUGACGGAGAGAACGCUUCGAGAGGUGCACAUGCUGCCUUUCCAACUUGCACUCCGAGGCUCAGAUCCUUGGACGAUCAUGACUUCAUACAACAAGAUCAACGGCAUUCACGUCAGCGAGGAUCCUUUACUGAUGAAGGAGAUUCUUCGCGAGGAGUGGGGAUACAAAGGCCUUGUUAUGAGUGAUUGGUUCGGCACUUAUAGCACAUCAGAAGCUAUCAACGCUGGCUUAGAUCUCGAGAUGCCUGGACCAACAGACUGGAGAGGAAAGUGCCUCAGCAUCGCCGUCAACACACGAAAGGUCACCCAAGCGACGGUCGACCAGUCAGUCGAGAACGUUUUGAACCUAAUCAACAAGUGUAAAGCUGGAGAGGUGUCGGGGAAGCCUCCUCAAUCCGACACACCCGAACAACGAGCCUUGAUUCGACAGCUUGUUGCUGAGUCAGUCGUGCUUUUGAAGAAUGACAAGGAAAGAUUGCCUAUCAAGAAUCCCGAGAAGUUAAAGUAUGGACUUAUUGGAGAUCAUGUGAAGAACCCUUCUCUUUGUGGCGGUGGCAGUGCUGAGGUUGAGCCUUAUUAUGGUAUCACUCCAUACGAAGCCAUCAAGGAGGUAGUCGGAGAAGAGAACAUCACCUAUACCCCAGGCUGCAACUCCUUCCGAUUCAGCCCAAUCAUCAAAGGUCACAGAACUCCAGAUGACAAGACAGAAGGUUGGCACGUGGACAUCUUCGCGGAGGAUCCAGAAGAGAACAAAGACUCCAAAGCUAUCGUCUCUGUUACCGCGGAGAAACAACUCGUCGAUACCCCUGAAAGCUACCACUCGACCCUCCCCACAAAGUUCUACGUCAAGGCCAACUCAAAGUAUACGAUUCCAGAAUCUGGAAGUCUCAAGUUCGGUUUCAGUACCUCCGGAAAGGGUAAGUUCUACAUUGACGGCAAGGAGGUCAUCGAUCAAUGGACGAGCCAGCUCCCCAAGACGGACUCGACACCUUGCUUCAACCGUGUUUGUAUGGAGAAGUUCUACGAGGGGAACUUUGAAAAGGGACAGGUUCUUGAUCUUCAGGUUGUCCAGGUCAAUGAGAAUGUGUCGGGCGGUGUUGGAACUGCGCAGACACUCGUGGGGCGUGUCGGUAUUUUUGAGCUCUACGAUGAGGAUCAAGGUAUCAAGGACGCUGUAGAGGUCGCGAAGAAGGUUGAUGUGCCUAUUGUCAUCACGGGACUUUCUUCGGACUUUGAGUAUGAGGGUAGUGACCGAAAGCACUUGAGAUUGCCCGGUCGGGUGGACGAACUAAUUGGCGCUGUCUUGGAAGCCAAUCCCAAUGCUAUCAUCAUUACCCAAUCUGGACUUCCAAUCGAGAUGCCUUGGGUGUCACAGGCUUCUACCCUUCUACAUGCCUGGUUCGGUGGCCAAGAAUGUGGUCACGGAAUGUCUGAUGUUCUUUUCGGCAAGGUUAACCCGUCUGGGCGACUAUCUUUGACAUUCCCCAAGUCCAUCAAGCAUACACCAGCAUAUCUUACCUUCUCCAAGGCCGAUUACGAUAUUGUGUACGGAGAAGGAGUCUUCAUCGGUCACCGAUACUACGAGAUGGUCGACCGAGAGCCACUCUUCUACUUCGGCCACGGUCUCUCAUACUCUACAUUUACUUACUCGAACCUCAACGUACCCAAGGAAUUUGAGUCUUCCGUCGACCAUCAAAUGCAAGUUAGUGUAGAUGUGACGAACAAGGGUCAAUACUCAGGACCAGAGGUUGUGCAGCUUUACAUCCACCAAGCCGCUAGCACUCUUCAACGGCCGAUCAGAGAACUCAAGGCAUUCAACAAGGUGUACUUGGAUGUCGAUGAGACCAAGAAGGUGGAUCUGACGCUUGAUAAAUACUCCGUAUCCGUUUGGGAUCAGGAGACACAUAAGUGGAAGGCUGAGGCGGGAACAUACACUGUUAUCCUUGCUUCAAGCUCAAAUCCCAAGGAUGAGAUUCAGCGGGCAGACUUUGUGCUUAAUGAGACUUUCUACUGGAAGGGCCUGUAA